AUGACUGGAACUAACAAAGUAUCACAAGCUGUCCCGGUGAGUCUAUAACUCAACUUAUGAGUGCAUGCAGAUCAAUAUUUUGUGAUAACACUUACCAAAAUAAUUUUUAUGCAAGAAUAUAAAAAACACACAAAAUUGAAAAUUCAACAUUUUCAGGACAAUCAAUCAAUUGAAGACGAUUUGUUGCCUGAUAUUAUUGAACCUUCAACCGGAGCCCAAGAAAAAUGUUGUCGUGUUUGUGACAUUAAAGCUGAUCCAUCAAUUAUUAUGUUUUCAAUUCCAACAAAUCAUGAAAUUUUGGUGAAAUGUUUAAAGGCAUUCGGUCAACACUUCACUGACAACUUCCUUAAAUAUCCAGCUCCGCAUUAUGUUUGCUUGUCUCACGCCAUGGAGCACAAUUGGAGAGAUUUGUAA